UUCAUCCGGUUUAUUGAAAUUAACUAUUCGAAAGAACUGACUGUCAUCAACUAAAGGAGUAAUUAGUAGUCGUCACCUCAUCAAUCAGCAGGUGGCUGCGGCGAGUUCUUCUCAGCUGCGGUUUAUUUACUUCCUCCAUGUAACAUUUAAGACUUGUUGUUGUCAUGGAGCGUAUGAGUUUGUCUUUUUGUUGUUCUUUGUACUUUCUUGGCAUGCUGCACAUCACCAGAGCUUACAUUUAUGGGACCGGGGGUCAUCUAGAAUACAGCAAUGUCGUAUCCACUGAGCAGAAAGUCCAUGACACGCAGCCCAUGCCAGGCGCGGUCAGGCCGUGGACAGGAGACGGGAAGAACCCUGCGGUUAUGCGACCAUACCCCGUUUUCCCAAUGUUCCAGCAUGCUCCAGUUCCUCUCGCUGACAUGGAGCUGUUCAGACCUGUGCCCGGGAGGAGACGGUUACCAAACCGUUUGACUAGCCUUCUAAUUCCUCAAAUGAACCCUCAGCUCGUCCAAGUGUCUCCAGUGCGUAAUGCUCGUGGUGUGGAGGUGUGGUGUGGUUACAGUAAGAUCUCAGUGCGCAUGAGUAAGAGUCUGCUGGGCUUCAGAAGUUCACCGUCUUCAUUUCACCUGGGAACAUGUCCUGUCUCUCGCUCAGACGAAAACUUUCUGUAUUUUCAUUACGACCUCAAUGACUGCGAUAGCUCGUUAACGAUGAUGAAAGGCCAGAUCAUGAUUUCCAACACAUUGCACUAUACUCCAGCAGAGCCUCCAGGGACAGUCAUCCGAGCUGUGCCCCUUACAUUAAACAUCCAGUGCCUAUACAAUAGAUUUCAUUAUUCCUACAAAAUGGGCUUCCUGCCUGUGGUGAGGGAGCACAUGUUUCACAAGAUUUUUGAACGCAGGGCCAAGUUUAGUCUGUAUGUGUGUAAUGAACGCUGGGAAAGACUGGAGGGAAAUGGGAGAUUUGUGCUUGACGAACCCAUGUAUUUUGAAGUCAGUGCCGCUUAUAUAUCAAAGGACGAAAGAAAUUUUGUUGACUCCUGCUAUGUAACAGCAUCAAGAGACCCAAAGUCUAUUCCACAACACAAUGUUAUUUGUAAUUAUGGGUGUAUGGAGGACAGCAGAAGACGAGCAAGUCUCUCACGCUUUCUCCAAAGACAGUCGAACAUUAUAAGGUUUUCAGUUGAUGCCUUUUUACUCCCCCAAGUUACUGACACGCACUUUUACCUACAUUGCACAGUAUCGGUUCACAGUGCCACUACAAGUGCCAUAGCAAAGUCAUGUACCUAUAACAAUGUAGAGAGAAGGUGGGAGGAACUCUACACCGACGCAUCUGUUUGUGCAUGUUGUGAUUCCACAUGUGAAAUUGAAUCAUCUUCUUCUUUGCCCCAUAUGACACAAUCUAUAACAAGCGAACCCUGGAUUUUGGACAAAAACGAACAAUCUUUAAUCCAGACUAUGGAAGGGUGGGUCAAUGUUCAAGAGGACACAGAAGAGAUGAAGUUCAAGAGUGCAGAAGGAAUCGAUGAAGAGGAAGAAGAUGGUUACACUGUGGAGAUUGUGACAGAUACUGAAGAACAAAUAGAAGCAAAAGAGAAACAUAAAAAGAUGCCCAUGAAUGAUUUAGAUGAGGCUGUAGAAGUAAUUAUUGGGACAGUGGAAACAACUACAGAGUUAAAGAAUAAAAAGGGUGAUCGUUCUAGAAAUGUAAUGCUUGUUAGUGAGUGGAAGAACAGGGUUGUAAAGAUUGAAGAGAAUGCUGGGAGACACGAGAGAACAAGUAGAACUGAAAUUGUUAAACGGCCUAGUGUUCAGUUCAUGGAAGAGCUUUCAGAAGAUGUUAAUAAUAACCAAGCAUCCAGCAAGAGUGGAGCACAAGAAAUGAUUCUCAUUACCAGAGAAGAACUGUCCGAAGGUAAAAUACAGCCUGAAGAUUUUGAGAAGAGCAUUCAAGUACAAAAUACAAUAGGUCCAUCACAAAUAGUGAUGGAUGAAGAGGUAUUUUUAAAUGCUAAACAUGAAUCAGUGGAGUGGAAUCAAGAUAAACACUAACUAUCCUGAUGUGGGAGAAAUGGAGGACUGACGUUUGAGGUCGUUCCAGGGUCUCCAAGGUACCUUGAAUGACCUUUUUUGGAGUUGCAUCUGUGGGGCCAAAGAUCUCUGCAUACUUUAUGGAUUCAACUGAAUUCAAUAUAUAAUAGUCACAUUUUCUGUACUUGUAUUGAAAAGUAUGCAUUCUUUAUACUGUGCUAACAUUCACUGUAAU